GGGACACUCCGGUCUUCAGCGGUCCUGGCGCGCGCCUGGUGCUGGAAGCCGCGCGCACCGUCAGGCCGGUUUGAAAAGCAACCGAACCAGUGGCGGGCUGUUAAACGGCCGCCGAAGCCGCGCAGGGUUGUCAUGGAGAAAGAUGGCGAGCUCGAGAGGAAAGCUGUGGAAGAACUUCUUACAGAAGCAAAACGUGGAAAAGCCAGGGCUGAAACAAUGGGACCCAUGGGCUGGAUGAAGUGUCCUCUUCCAGGAGCUAACAAACGGUUUCUCAUCAAUACUAUUAAGAAUACAAUACCAUCUCGAAAGCCAACAUAUGAGCAGAGACAAAGGGAAGAGGUUAAGGAUUCCAAUCUAAAUGAGAAUGAACGAAGAAAAAAAGAAAAGACUCACAAAAACAGUUUUCAACCCUAUCAACAUGGAUCAAAAUCUCGAGUGAAAUCUAACAGGUCUCCAUCUCCGAGGGAAAGUGACUCAAAAAGAAACACUAAAAAAUACAAGAGUACAAAUGAUUAUUGAAAAUUAUAUAAAUCAAAUGAGUGACUAAAAUGAUUAGAAGAUAAAAGCGUGCUCAAAUUAUUAGAAAGUAAGCAUUUGUUUAAAAAAAAAAACUCAGACUUAGUCCUAAAAACAGGACCAACUUGCAAAUGUCUUUACGGGGAGCUUUUAGCAUACACACUGUAAUAUCUAAAUAACACUUUGUACAAAUCUUCCAUGUUAUACAUAAUUGCGGCAAUGGUAAACAAUGUCCCACACAGAAUUGUUAAUACAGUAUUGGAGUGUUCAAUUGCUUUUACAUUAGUAAUACUUGGAGAUAGAAGGAGAUAAUGCAAUAAAAUACAGAAGUAUAAAGAAUUCAUAGCAUUCUACAAAUAUGAUAGUGAUUAUUAAAUAUACAGAUAAUUAUUUUUAUAGUUAUUUUAUGGUACUUGUGUGCUCUUUUAAGUGGCUUUACCAGGGAGAGAAACAUUUUUUUCAUCCACACACCAGAUGGGUUUUAGUGAUUUCUAUGCAAUUUCCUUACAAAUUCUAACAGAAAAAAUGGUGAGCUGGUCAAUAUUAAAGUAAGAAGCUCAAGCCAUUGAGUAGCUUUCAAUUGUUGGUUAUGAUUUAUAUUUUGUUGCAAAACUGAGGAUAACUUUGCUAGUCUGGUAAGGUUUGAUGUGUAGAAACUGACUAUACCAAAACAUUAAAUAUUUACAGAUAAAUCAUAAUU